AUAAAAUAAGAAAUUUUAAUUAGAGAUGAGUAACAGUGAUUGAGAAAUGGUGUGGUGAAGCAGUGGAGGGGGAUGCUUCAACAACAAACAUUCUUUCACUCUUCUCAGCAUAUACCUUCUACCUGAAGAACAAGUACAAAAAACACUUUCUUCCUUUCUCUUUCUCUUCUUCUUUGGUCAGCCAUGGAAGUGUGUUGGCAGAUACAGUCACCUACGAGUCUCAGACCGGGUUUCAAGCAAAAGGGUCGGCUCAAGAUUAAUACUUUUGUUGGUUUCCUUCCUCGCCCCAUUUCUAGUCUUGCUUCGUUGGAAAGCCAAUACAACUCAAAUGGGUUUCUACAUCAGAUCACAGCAAGUGCAGAUUUCUCUAGGAAGAAGCAAGGAAGAAUGUCAGCUUCAGGGCCUAAAAGCUCAGCUCCCAGAGGUUUUGGGCGACGAACAACAGUAGGAAGUUCUCAGAAAAGAACUCAGAAGAAGAGCGAUGAAAAAGAUAGCAAUGCAACUUCCACAGUAACUAAUGAGGGUUUAGUCAGUAACUUGCCCGAAGCUAAAGCAGAUGUACAGAAACAAGGUUCUGCUGUUUGGGAUGAGACUGAAGAUGGAAGUGACAAGAAACCAACCGAGGAUGAUGUUUUGUUAGAACAAAAGUUAAAAGCUGAAAGAGAGAAUCUUCGUAGGAAGGAAAUAGAAGCUCUUGCAGAGGAAACUUUGUCUAGAGGUGAUAGAAUGUUUGUGUAUCCUCUCAUUGCAAAACCUGAUGAAGACAUAGAAGUGUUUCUCAACAGGACUCUAUCAACUCUGAACAACGAACCAGAUGUUUUGAUCAUGGGGGCGUUUAACGACUGGAGAUGGAAAUCUUUCUCCAGGAGAUUAGAAAAGACAGAGCUCCAUGGAGAUUGGCUGUCAUGUCUCCUUCACAUCCCCAAAGAAGCUUAUAAGAUGGACUUUGUGUUCUUCAACGGACAGAGUGUUUAUGACAACAAUGACUCAAAAGACUUCUGUGUAGAUGUAAAAGGAGGGAUGGACAGAGUUGAGUUUGAGAAUUUUCUUCUUGAAGAGAAAUGGAGAGAGCAAGAGAAGUUAGCCAAGGAAGAAGCUGAGAGGGAAAGGCAAGAGGAAGAAAAGAGAAGAAUCGAAGCAAGAAAGGCUGCCAUUGAAGCUGAUAGAGAACAAGCUAAAGUGGAGACUCAGAAGAGACGUGAGAUGCUACAACCAGCUCUUCAGAAAGCUGUAAUCUCUUCUAAGAAUGUUUGGUACAUUGAGCCAAAUGAUUUCAAAGCUGGUGAUAAAGUGAAGAUAUAUUACAAUAAAAGCUUUGGUCCUCUAGCUUAUGCCAAAGAGAUAUGGAUACAUGGAGGGUUUAAUAACUGGGUUGAUGGAUUAUCUAUCGUUGAAAAGCUAAAGACUGAUUCAAAGAGUGAAGAUUGGUGGUUUGCUGAAGUCAUAGUGCCCGUUGGUGCUCUAGUCAUUGACUGGGUCUUUGCUGAUGGACCACCUAAAGAAGCAUUUUUGUAUGACAAUAAUAGUCUCCAAGAUUUCCACGCACUUGUUCCUCUAAGAACUUCAGAAGAGCUUUUCUGGUCAGAGGAAGAAAGCUUGAUGUUUAGGAAACUUCAGGAAGAGAGACGGUUAAAAGAGGAAGCUAUGCGUGUUAAGAUGGAGAAAACAGCUCGUUUGAAAGCUGAAACUAAGGAAAGAACUCUUAAAAAGUUUCUGCUUUCUCAGAAAGAUGUAGUUUACACAGAGCCUCUAGAGAUUCAAGCGGGAAGACCUGUGACAGUUUUCUACAAUCCUUCAAACACGGUUUUGAAUGGGAAGCCUGAGGUUUGGUUUAGAUGCUCUUUCAAUCGUUGGACUCAUCGGUUAGGUCCUUUGCCUCCUCAGAAAAUGGAAGCAGCUGAUGAUGGAAGCUCCCACGUGAAGACUUCAGCUAAGGUCCCAUUAGAUGCUUACAUGAUGGACUUUGUUUUCUCCGAGAAAGAAGAUGGCGGAGUGUUUGAUAACAGAUAUGGUUUGGAUUAUCACUUACCUGUAGUGGGAGCUAUUGCUAAGGAACCACCAUUGCACAUUGUUCAUAUUGCUGUUGAAAUGGCACCCAUUGCAAAGGUUGGAGGACUAGGUGAUGUUGUCACUAGUCUAUCUCGUGCUGUUCAAGAAUUAAACCAUAAUGUUGAUAUCAUCUUUCCAAAGUAUGAUUGCAUAAAGUACAACUUUGUGAAGGACUUGCAGUUCAAUAGAAGCUAUCACUGGGGAGAAACUGAAAUAAAAGUUUGGCAUGGAAAAGUUGAAGGCGUUUCAGUUUACUUCUUAGAUCCGCAGAAUGGGUUAAGCUUUGUGCAGUUCUCUUUAAUCUAUUUCCACAAUCCCUUCAUGAAGAAGUGUUGUGCUUGUUGCUUGAUCUGUUGCAGGUUGUUCCAGAGAGGAUGUGUUUACGGUUGUGCAGAUGAUGCAGCAAGAUUUGGUUUCUUCUGUCACGCUGCUCUUGAGUUCCUUCUACAAGGAGGUUUUCAUCCAGACAUUCUUCACUGUCACGACUGGUCUAGUGCACCAGUUUCAUGGUUGUUCAAGGAUCAGUACACGCAUUACGGUUUGAUUAAAACACGAGUUGUCUUCACAAUCCAUAACUUGGAGUUUGGAGCAGGUGCCAUUGGUAGAGCCAUGACAUUUGCAGACAAAGCCACAACAGUUUCACGAACAUAUGCAAAGGAAGUUGCUGGAAACUCUGUAAUCUCUCCGCAUCUAUACAAGUUUCACGGAAUAGUAAACGGGAUCGAUCCAGAUAUAUGGGAUCCAUACAACGAUAGCUUCAUUCCAGUGCCUUAUACUUCAGAGAACGUUGUAGAAGGCAAAAGAGCAGCCAAGGAAGAGUUACAAAACAGGCUUGGACUAAAGAGUGCUGAUCUUCCUUUAGUAGGAAUCAUUACUCGCUUAACUCACCAGAAAGGAAUACAUUUGAUCAAACACGCUAUUUGGCGUACCUUGGAACGCAAUGGACAGGUUGUGUUGCUAGGCUCAGCUCCUGAUCCUCGGAUCCAAAAUGAUUUCGUGAACUUGGCAAAUCAGUUACAUUCUACUCAUGGUGACCGAGCUCGGCUUGUUCUUACCUAUGAUGAACCUCUUUCCCAUUUGAUCUAUGCUGGGGCUGACUUUAUUCUUGUACCAUCGAUAUUUGAGCCGUGUGGACUUACACAGCUCAUAGCCAUGAGAUACGGUGCUGUUCCUGUCGUAAGAAAAACUGGAGGACUCUAUGACACGGUUUUUGAUGUGGACCAUGAUAAAGAAAGGGCACAAGCUCAAGUUCUAGAACCUAAUGGCUUCAGUUUUGAUGGGGCUGAUGCUCCUGGUGUGGACUAUGCUCUCAAUAGGGCGAUAUCAGCUUGGUACGAUGGUAGAGAGUGGUUUAACUCGCUGUGUAAGACGGUGAUGGAGCAAGACUGGUCAUGGAAUCGUCCUGCACUUGAGUACAUUGAGCUCUAUCACUCUGCACGCAAGUGAGAAGAAGAAAAAAGAAAACAUGAAAGUUGUAAGAUCAAAUUCUCUUUGUAUGUACAGAAAUAAGCUAUAGGAAGUUUGAUCCUUUCUUCUCCAUGUAACGUUCCUAAAUCAUUCAAAGAUCAUAUGGAUUAUAAUCUUGUAAUUUUGAAAAAAAAUAAAGCUAAGAAAAUUAAUAUUCC